GUUACAUAAAGUGUUGUGACAGGUCUCGUAUUUUGUCAGUUGGAUUUUUAUUUUAUCUAUGUAAGUAUCGUGUAAUGAAUUGAGUGAUUGAAGAAACAAAGCAAAGAGAAGUUUAAAGAAGUUGAUGAAGAUAAACUCAACAUGUGGAAACAUUCAAAACUCUUCAAUUGCGAAUGGUUGUUUAUGCAGAUAAUUGUCAGUAUCCGUCUGAAUGAAGCAGCACUAUGCACUGAUUGUUCAAAUACAUUACUUGAAAGAGGAAGCAAGAACAUCACAUAUGGACCAAGUGAUAAAUACAACUGCUGGUGUGAUUCGACAAUACCAACAAGUAUGGACACAGAUCAUGAAACUGCAGUUGUUCUGUUGUUGCAAAAUGUUUCACUGCCGAUGACUAAUGGUACUGGGAGCACAGACUGCUCUGGAGAAAUCAGAUUCCCAAGCACUUAUGGAUACAAAUGUGAAUUUUCAAGCAAUUACUGCCUUGCAUUCGCAACUGAAUCAACCAUUUGCAACAUCAACAAAAUCAGAGAGAAAAUUCCAGUUGCAAAUCCCACCUGUGAUUCAAUCAUUCCAUGGAAUGAAGCUGGAGGAAGCCCAUACAAGAUACAAUACUAUGCAGGAAAACUUGCUGGUUACACAAAAUACUUUACAAUUCAAUAUCUUGUAAUAAAUUGCAAAUCUCUAACAACAACCACACCUGCUCUAUCCACAGCAUCUGAGCAAGAAUCAACAACAACGAAAGAAACAUCUCAUACAAAAUAUACUUCAUCUCUCGUGAAGCAAUAUUCUGACACAACUACUGAAUCAACCUCAACAUCUGACAACAUCCAAUGUCCCAGUGAAUGCAACAGCACUGAAACAUCACUGAUCAUUGCUAUUCCAGUAUCAGGAAUUAUGGGUUUGAUCAUUGGAGUUUUCUUGAUGUUCAUAAUACUAAGGUAUUGCAACAACAACAAUAACAAGAAGAAACCAAAGAACAAGGAUUCAAUGGAAAUGGGAAGCAUUCAACAUCAGCAGCCAACUGUCCAUGAACGAACCGCAUAUGAAAACUACACACUACAAACAACAGAUGAAAGUGGAUAUGAAGUUCCGAUUCCAGUUGAUAACAAAAAUGAACAAAGUGGAUAUGAAGUUCCGAUUCAAGUUGAUAACAAGAAUGAACAGCAAUAUGAGGUUAUGAGAAGCGGAGCAGAAUAUCAAUAUGAAAAUUAACAGCUCGGACAGAUCUUUUACGCAGUCACAAAAUUAUGCCACAAAAAUGUUGGAAAAAAAAAUGAACUAAACUCUGAUCAGCUGUAAAUGCAUCUGUAAUAUAUUGAUCAGCCUCAUUUAACAUAUAUUAUAUUAAUUUAAUAUUAUC